CAUAGACUGACGCCUUUCCCCAUCCUCAUCAAUCAUUAUACAUUGUUCUCUAGCCCUCUUUAUCCAGUAACAAAACAAUCGUUCGUUCAAGAACCUACUAGAAUUUUCAUCUAUUCUCUAUAAAUAUUUCUUCCCAAUUUCCUCUUUCAUCACAAAGAAUCGACACAUUCCAACAAUCGAAAAGUUCCAUAAAACAAAUUUUCUUUAAUCAUUUCAAUUUCAAAAAUGUCGCUAAUUCCAAACUUUUUCGGCAACCAAAGGAGAAACACCAGCAUCUUCGAUCCAUUCGCAAUGGAGAUGUGGGACCCAUUCGAAGGCUUCCCAUUCCCAUUUAACACAAACCUCUCUCAAUCUCUCUCCUCGACCACUUCCUCGGCACGUGACACAGCCGCCUUCGUCAACGCCAGAAUGGACUGGAAGGAGACGCCGGAAGCACACGUGUUUAAGGCGGAUCUUCCAGGUGUAAGGAAAGAAGAGGUGAAAGUCGAGGUGGAAGAUGGGAAGGUUCUUCAGAUUAGUGGAGAAAGGAAGAUGGAACAAGAUGAGAGGAAUGACACGUGGCAUAGAGUUGAGAGGAGUUCUGGAAUGUUCUUGAGAAGGUUUAGGUUGCCAGAGAAUGCUAAGGUUGAGGAAGUUAAAGCUGCAAUGGAGAAUGGGGUAUUGACUGUAACUGUUCCUAAGGUUGAAGAAAGGAAGGCUGAGAUUCGAUCAAUUGACAUUUCUGGUUGAUUCAAUUAAUGGGCUAUGAUGUUUAAUUACCCUUAGUUGGUUUGCUUGGGACCCUUAUUUAUGCUAUUAAUAUUAAUUAAUAUGAAUUAUGUAAUUACUAAUUAGGUGUUAAUGAUGCAAAAUAUUGUAAUUUGGGUUUUUGAGUUAUUAAUGAAUUUUGGUUUGUUAUUAUAAAUUUAUAAUAAUUGUACAUUGUUUUUAGCUUUGCAAUUUAUUGUAGUAGACUUUUAAUAUUUUAUGUAAU